AGUAAAAUCCAGCGUUUAUGUCUUCUUACAAUUAGCUUUAGAUCGCGAUAUCGCCUCGAGUCACACGAUCCACUUGGGAUUCCGUGCGGCCCCGUUGACGUGGUGGUGGGUUCUUGAUCGUUCCUGUCCCUAGUCCGCCGAAUCCAAUUACAGCGCCACGGGAGUAUCAUACGACCGGAGAAAGCACACGACCCAGAUUUCAUAAAGGGUGAUCUUUGUAUAUCCAGAAAUGGCCUCCAGCUUCACUUUGCGUCAAAUUCCGGCCGUGCUCGCCAGACGGCAACCACGCGUACUCGGUACCACAAGACGCCUAGCAUCUUCUUCUGCCGUUCAGACCCAGAACCCCGCCUACCCGCUGUACCCAUCCGUUAUCCAGCUCCUUCACGAGAAAGGUAUUCCCGAAUCGGAAGUUUCGAAGAUCCCGGCGUCUGGUCCCAAGGGCCGUCUUCUCAAGGGCGAUGUCCUCGCCUACCUCGGCUCUAUCCCAGCUGAUUAUCCCGCCACCCAGCAAGUCCGGUUUGAUAAGCUUGCCCACCUCGAUCUGAGCAACAUCAAGAUCGCCGCGCCGCCCAAGCCCGCUGAGCCACAGCCAGUGGCCGAGCCAGUUGCUAGACCUCCACCAACUACCUCCGUAGCCGUCUCGAUUUCCCUGGCUACUGUUCUGUCCGUCCAGAAGAAGAUCCAAGAGACUUUGGGGGUUAACGUGCCUCUUGCGACAUUCCUCGCCCGUGCUACCGACCUGGCCAACGACGACCUUCCCCGUUCGUCUCGCGAGAAGCAGUCCGCCGACGAGCUAUUCGAUGAGGUUCUCGGCGCAAAGCCCAUUCAAACAUCCCGGGGCGAUUAUGUUCCUGAGUUGAACGCAGUGGAGGUGCCCUCCGCCGUUCAGCCGGCCAAACCCGUUAAGGAAGACAUCAUUGAUAUUCUCAGCGGCAAGGCACCCAAGGCUGCUUCCCGGCCCUCAGUGGUGGAGCCUCCGGCUGGUAGCGCCGCCAAUGUCUUCAGUCUGACUGUUCCUGUUGAAGAAGAAAAGAGGGCUAGGGUUUUCUUGGACCGUGUCAAGGCUCUUUUGACGGUUGAGCCUGGAAGGCUAGUUCUAUAAAUCUCCAAUCCAUAUUUGUAGCAUAAGUAAUGAAUCGGUCUCAAUUGGGUUUGGGACGUAUCUCCAAUCUAGAGAUCAUCGGAGGUUGUGUUUUUAUAUCAUAUAUACACCUAUACGAACCGGAAUUUUUCUACUGAACUGAAGUAAAUUUCCUUGUCUGGAUGCCACUGCUUUAGUAUGGGUACAUAGCGCAGUGUGAACAUGGUGCAUCAUAGACUGUAGCUCGGUGGGUAUUCAGUGGUUACCCUAGUAUUCCAUGGCCAU